AUGCAGCUGCCAAAACCAUUUCUCGGUGCGCUUGGAGGAGCGUUUAUUUCUCUCCAGCUGCUGUUUCUCGCGAGCAUGUGCUAUCUGUAUGGUACUGCCUAUCAUGACUCGAUUCGAUUUAGUACUAUGAAGCUUUUGUUUGUGGAUUAUGAUCAGGACGUGAUUGACCAGUCCCCGACGGAGCAGGAUGUGCGAAAUGCCGUUUGCAAAGGUCAUUACUGGGGUGCCAUAUAUUCCAAAGCAAAUGCUUCCUCCCGCCUAGCCACGGCAAUGUCUUCCUCAGAAGCCGCUAGGGUGUACAAUAACUCUCAGGCCCUAACUUAUAUCUGGAAUGGGGCUAAAUACUCCGCCUGUGCCCAAAGCGUGUAUUCGAUGCUGGUUCAGCUCGUCCAGGGCACCGCCGGCGUUUAUGAUCAAAUGAAUGGGACUACGAUAUUAUCAACCAACAACGUUUCCGACCCAAACAUCGCCAAAACUGUGCUUGACCCUAUCUCAAGCUCUUCAAUUGAUCUCCAGCCUAUGGUUCAAGGAGUCCGAUUCUACUAUAAUAUUGUUUCUAUGGUCGUGCCCAUCCUGCAACAAUUCUUUUUUCUCAUGGCGCUCAACAGUAUCUCCGCGCAGUUUAAGGUCUUCUCCAGCCUCUCGCUAAAGCAGAAUAUCGCCCUCCGGCUGAUUAUCUCCAUUUGCUAUACCUUCAUCGCCUCCAUCUGUAUGAGUGGCUACAUCUGGGGAUUCCGGGAGGAUUGGAACGCCACGUCCGAUCAAAUUGGCUUGACAUGGAUGGCAAUUUGGCUGGUCAUGCACCUGAACUUCCUGAUCAUCGACGCCGCCACCGUAUUCAUUCCGGUGCAGUUCAUGUCUUUCUUCAUGUUAACCUGGAUCAUCCUCAAUGUCUCAAGUAGUAUCAGCCCUUUUGAGCUCUCCCCAGGGUUCUACCGCUUGGGCUAUGUUUUUCCUGCCCACGAGCUCUAUGAGAUCCUGCUUCAGAUUUGGACCGACGACUGUAACCCGCACUUGUACCGAGCCCUCCCCAUUCUAUGA